AUGGGUUGGUUCUGGGGUCGAUCCAACAGCCAAGAUGAUCCCGCGAAAUCGCUGGACACAGACCUGAAGCAAUUCCUCGACGAACAGCAACCGAGACCGUAUGCGCCUCCCGAAGUCCCAAAGACUCCUGAGGCACCCGCUUCAAAGCCCGUGGAGCAGACUCUUCCAGAUACAAACAAAUCCUUCGAAGAGAGGCCUCUUCCCGCAGAAUCGCUGUUCCAAGAUGGCCGGUACAAAGAUCUAUGGAAAACUUACGUGCCUCAAAACGAAAUGGCGGUAGCAACGAGCACACCGGUGGAAAGAGUCCUCGCGGCAAGAAAAGAUAGGCGACAAACAAUACACAAAGCGGCGUUGGAGAAUUGCGCCUUCGAGGAAGAGAUGCAACAGGAAUGCUUCAAGACGGGCGACCUGUCCAAGCGGCUCAAGGGGAGGAUAACCAUGUGUCAUCAGGAGACGAAGGCGUUCAACCGCUGCUAUACGCUCCAGGCCAAGUUCUUGCAGGCACUUGGUUACAUGACCAGUGCCACCAGUUCAGACGAGGAUGAAGAAAAGAUUCAAAUGCAUGCCGACAAGCUAUACCAUCGUAUGAUGGAUUACGAGGCUGAAGUGGAUGAUGCAAAGCGCAAUAACAGGCCCAUUCCUCCUUUGUCGUCCCUGUUCAAUCCAAAGAGGCCGGCACCAACUCUUGAACAGAUGGCCCUUCCCAAGGCAAUGGAGGAGAAGCUGAAAAAGCCACUGAGCGACUAUCCGCCACAUGAACGAGAAUUGGUGGCUCGAGCGGCUCUGCAGGAAGCAAAGCUUACUGAUCUCUACGCCGAAGAUCUUUUCAGUUACACCGUUACGAUGAAUGAGGACCGGAAAGCUCGGCAAGCCUGGUUGUCAAGGACAUUCGGCGAGGCCAUUGGAAAGUUCUUGAUCCCGGAUCCUCCGAAAGACCCUUCGAUCAAGUCUUGGAGUAUAGACCAGCUCGAAAGGGAUAUUUGGCAAGAGGAGAAAAAGGACGUACCCGCAGCCGAUAAAAAAACUUCGACGUCGUAA